UCAAAUCCAAUCAUUGCCGCCCCCGACCAAUCAUCGCCGGCGCCCCGGCGACUCGUGUGCCCCCUCUGGACCGCACGAUCAGCGAGCGACCAACAUCCGACGGUCGCAUCAGAUCCAGGGCCACGUGCGGUCGGCCGCACACAACCCAAACCUCGCCCCCACGCGCCGCCAACACCAACAACAACAAAAAGCCCGAAACACAGCCAGAGCCAAAGCCAGAACCACACAGAUUCGGUGAAUCACCAAACCUCCUCCACCCGCCCGCCCGCCGCCGGCGCGUGCCGAACAAACCCCCGAAUCGACAAAUCCCGCUUUUCCCCUUCUUAUCCGCAAGCACUAAUCGUCGUCGUCGUCGUCAUCAUUUCGGCCCCCCUGCGAAUUCCAGAUCUCGCCGCCGUUACGCGAACGAGGAGCCGCGGCGGGAAUCUCCGAUUGGGCUCUCGCGAAUCCGAUUCCCGAUUCUCGAGGCCCUUUCCUUUCCUCUCUUCCCCUUUCGGAGCGCGGAUUCGGGUUUGGGGAAAAAAGGUCUCGGCGAUCGUGUCUCGAUCGACGCCUUUUUCAUGGCCGAUCGCAUCCGUUCGCUUUGCAGAACAAUCUAGUCAUCUUGUAAUGCAAUCAGCUAAUGAGACAAGGGAGAAGAAAUUGAAGAGAUUCGGGUCAUUCUGCAAUAUGCCUGCAACUGACAGCACAGCUGCACAAGCAAUUGACGACUGUAUUUUUUUCUCAAUCGAGGAAAUAGUACAAUAUCCCUUGCCUGGAUAUGGUGCACCAACAUCAAUCACUUUCAGUCCUGAUGAUUCUCUCGUUGCUUAUUUGUUCAGUCCUGAUCAGACUUUAAAUAGGAAGGUUUUUGCAUUUGAUCUCAAGAGUAGCAAGCAAGAUUUAUUUUUCAGUCCCCCAGAUGGUGGUCUUGAUGAGAAUAACAUUUCUGCGGAAGAAAAGUUGAGAAGGGAGAGAUUGAGGGAACGUGGUUUGGGAGUAACACGAUAUGAAUGGAUUAAGACAAACUCAAAGAGGAAGGCACUUAUGGUGCCUUUGCCAGCUGGGGUUUAUAUUCAGGAUCUCUCUGGCUCAAAACCAGAGCUUAAGCUUCCAAGCACAUCAUCCUCACCAAUUAUCGAUCCACAUAUCUCUCCAGAUGGUACCAUGAUUUCUUUUGUUAGAGAUGGAGAAUUGCAUGUUCUAAACCUCCUACACAAUGAGCAAUGUCAGCUAACUGAUGGCGCCAUUGAUAAUGCCGUGACUCAUGGUCUCGCUGAGUACAUAGCUCAGGAAGAGAUGGAUCGCAAAAAUGGUUAUUGGUGGUCACUGGACAGCAGGUUCAUUGCAUUCACAGAAGUUGACACUUCGGGCGUACCUUUGUUCAGGAUAAUGCAUCAAGGUAAAAGCUCAGUUGGUUCAGAGGCACAAGAAGAUCAUGCUUACCCCUUCGCAGGAGCUGUAAAUGUUAAAGUUCGUCUUGGGGUAGUUUCCUCUGCUGGAGGUCCUGUUACUUGGAUGGAUCUUCAGUGUGGAGGAACAAAUGAGCUUGACAAUGAGGAUGAAUAUUUGGCCCGAGUCAACUGGAUGCAUGGAAAUAUUCUGACAGCUCAGGUCCUAAACAGGUCACAUAGCAAAUUGAAGAUGCUUAAGUUUGAUAUUAGGACUGGCCAAGGAAAAGUUGUACUGGUGGAAGAACAGAGUACAUGGAUUAACUUACAUGACUGCUUCACUCCUCUAGACAAAGUAAUAGCCAAAUUUUCUGGGGGAUUUAUCUGGGCAAGUGAGAGAACAGGAUUUAGACAUCUUUAUUUGCAUGACUUGAAUGGGACUUGCCUAGGACCUAUCACGGAAGGUGACUGGAUGGUUGAGCAAAUUGCAGGUGUAAAUGAAGCCGCAGGACUUGUAUACUUUACAGGAACCGUAGAUGGACCCCUGGAACAGCACUUAUAUUCAGCGAAACUUUUCCCAGACAAGAGUAGCCCUUUGCCAGCUCCAAAGAGUUUAACCAAUGGACAAGGAAAACAUGUAGUUGUGCUUGAUCAUCACCUGCGGACUUUUGUUGAUAUUCAUGAUUCUCUCACUUCUCCCCCUAGGGUGUCACUGUGCUCCUUGCAUGAUGGCAGCAUAAUUUCGCCAUUGUAUGAGCCUCCAUUGACCAUUCCAAGGUUGAAGAAGCUGCAGCUUGAGCCUCCAGAGAUCAUGCAAAUCCAGGGAAAUGAUGGGAGUGUGCUAUAUGGAGCUCUGUACAAACCUGAUAUAGCAAAAUUUGGUCCCCCACCUUACAAGACCAUGAUAGCUGUGUAUGGUGGCCCAUGCGUACAAUUGGUAUGUGAUUCAUGGGCAAACACAGUUGACAUGAAGGCACAGUAUUUGAGAAGCAAAGGCAUCUUAGUUUGGAAGUUAGAUAACCGAGGCACCGCCAGGCGUGGUCUGAAGUUCGAAGGUGCUGUUAAACAGAAGUUUGGCCACAUCGACGUCGAGGAUCAGGUGUCUGGAGCGGAAUGGCUUGUGAAGGAAGGGCUAGCUGAAGCCGGUCGGAUCGGAAUAUAUGGUUGGAGUUAUGGUGGGUAUCUAUCUGCCAUGGCACUGGCCAGAUGUCCCGACGUCUUCUGCUGCGCGGUGUCCGGCGCCCCCGUGACAUCCUGGGACGGGUACGACACCUUCUACACCGAGAAGUACAUGGGGCUUCCUUCUGCUAAUCAGGAAGGCUACGAGUCCAGCUCGGUCAUGCAUCACGUGGACAACAUGAAAGGGAGGUUACUGCUGGUCCACGGCAUGAUCGACGAGAACGUGCAUUUCAGGCACACGGCGCGGCUGGUGAACGCGCUCGUGGAGGCGGGGAAGCGGUACGAGCUACUGAUCUUCCCGGACGAACGGCACAUGCCGCGGCGGCGGAGGGACCGGAUCUACAUGGAGGAGAGAAUCUGGGAGUUCAUCGAGAGGAGCCUGUGAAGUUUUUGUCUGUUUUUCAGCCCCCCAUUAACUUCUUGGUCAUCAUCAUCUUUCCUCCGUUGACGCUGAAGGCGGAACGGUAGCAGAGUUUUUUCUUCCCCCACCCCGUCAACUUAAAUUUUUAUACAAUACGGAAUCUCUUCUUUGCUUC